CAAACUGUUAUCCAACUAGCCCUGACACGCCGCCGCUCCUACCCCGACUCCUCUCUCCUCACCUCUCCCCGCCAUCCAAACCGCGAUGGCGGCGCCGCUCGCCCCCCUCACCGCCGCCCGCCUCGGCCGUGGCCUCGGUCUCCUAGCCUCCGUACGCUACUACAGCGCUAUCGCUGUUCCACUUUCCGUCUCCGCCCCACGGCGCUGGCUCCCGGCCCCGCCCCCUCGCCACGUCAGCAGCUCUGUCCGCCGCCUGGCCGCCACGGCCGUCUCUGAGCCCCAGACGGAUUCAGAGUCUGGUACAGCGACAGUAAGGAAGGGGCGAAUCUACCAUGAAACGUACGGGUGCCAGAUGAAUGUAAGCGAUAUGGAGAUUGUGCUGUCUAUCAUGAAAAAAGAAGGGUACAAUGACAUUGUUCCUGACCCUGAGAGCGCAGAGAUAAUAUUUAUCAACACCUGUGCAAUUCGUGACAAUGCAGAGCAGAAAGUUUGGCAGCGGCUCAACUACUUUUGGUUCCUGAAAAGGCAAUGGAAAGCUAAUGUUGCUGGAGGGAGAUCGAAGUCUCUGCGUCCUCCUAAGAUUGCUGUUCUCGGGUGCAUGGCAGAGCGACUGAAGGAGAAAAUACUCGACUCUGAUAAGAUGGUUGAUGUUGUAUGUGGUCCGGAUGCAUACAGGGAUUUGCCUAGGUUGCUGCAGGAAGUCGACUAUGGGCAGAAGGGUAUCAACACACUCCUCUCACUGGAGGAGACUUAUGCUGACAUCACCCCAGUUAGGAUUUCCGACAAUUCGGUUACGGCGUUCGUGUCAAUUAUGAGGGGUUGUAACAAUAUGUGCUCGUUUUGCAUUGUUCCCUUCACUAGAGGCAGGGAGAGGUCACGCCCAGUAUCUUCUGUUGUCCGAGAAGUUGGUGAGCUAUGGGAUGCUGGCGUAAAAGAAGUAAUGCUUCUUGGUCAGAAUGUAAACAGUUAUAAUGAUACUUCAGAAGUUGAGGAGUUGGAGCCUGGUAAAAACUGGCAGCUGAGCGAAGGAUUUUCCAGUAGGUGCAAAGUGAAGAAUAUGGGGUUGCGUUUUGCCGAUCUCCUGGAUCAGUUGUCUCUGGAAUACCCUGAGAUGCGAUUCAGGUUUACCUCUCCACAUCCAAAGGAUUUUCCUGAUGAGCUGCUAUAUUUGAUGCGGGAUAGGCACAACAUUUGCAAACUUAUUCACUUGCCUGCACAAUCAGGCAGCACAGAGGUGCUGGAACGAAUGAAACGGGGUUAUACUCGAGAAGCAUAUUUGGAGCUUGUGCAGAAAAUCCGUAAUGUCAUUCCAGAUGUUGGGCUAAGCAGUGAUUUCAUAAGUGGCUUUUGUGGAGAGACAGAAGAUGGCCAUGCUGACACUCUUAGCCUUGUAAGGGAUGUUGGAUAUGAUAUGGCUUACAUGUUUGCAUAUAGCAUGAGAGAGAAGACCCAUGCUCAUCGGAAUUAUGAGGAUGAUGUCCCCAAUGAUGUUAAGCAGAGGAGACUUGCAGAACUGAUCAACACCUUCCGUGAGACCACAAGAAAGAUCUACGAUUCUCAGAUUGGUACCACACAAGUAGUUCUAGUCGAGGGACCCAAUAAGCGAGCUCCUGAAACAGAGCUGUUUGGGAAAACUGACCGGGGGCACAGGGUAUCGUUUACUAGUCUCCCUGUACCACAUACAUCUGAAGGUGAUGGAGCUCGUAAGCCAGUGGUUGGUGACUUUGUUGAGGUAAAAAUUCUCAGGUCGUCGACAGCAUCGUUAUUUGGAGAGCCAAUUGCACGCACAAGCUUGGGCAUGUACUGCAAGAAUCAUGCAUCUGAAGCACAUGCUGGUGCAUAAGGAAUAGUCGAGUUCAUGGGAGUCCACAUCUGAAGUGAAUCAGUUAAGUCUGUGUAAUGUUUGACUUGAAAUGACUACAAUUGGGAGCAUACCAUGCAAUUUAAGUUGGUGUUGACAUGUUUUCAUGAUGAGAUAUUGGUUGUCUAGUUUUGGGUGGGAAGGUAGCAUGGUGUUAUGCUUGGAGCAGAUGAAAUACAAAGAUUUUUUCGCAUUAUGUGCGUGCUAAUCGUGUGGUGAAGUACUUUUUCUUUAGAGGGAAGCAGUUGUAAAGUUGACAUUUUUCAUUGUAACACCAUCAGUGUCAUGCUAUAGUAAUCUCAUGCCUAAUGAUGCCACGUCAUCAUAAUUAAGUUGCUAA